UGUUGUUGUACCGGUGGCGUGGUGCGAUGGCGGCGGCUCGCCCGCGGCGGGCCGCCCCGCUUGGUCGUCGUCGCCUCCGACGGGGCACGUCGUAGUCGUCGCCCGCCCCGCGCCGGUGGCCCGUGAUUCGUGAGACGACGUCGGCGCCACGAUGCCCGUUCGCAGGGGGCACGUUGCCCCCCACAACACCUUCAUCGAUUCCAUCAUCCGCAAGUUCGACGGCAUGAACCGUCGCUUCCUGGUGGCCAACGCGCUGGUGGACUCACUGCCCAUCAUCUACUGCAACGACGGCUUCUGCGAGCUGGUGGGCUACACCCGGGCCGAGCUGAUGCAGCGCUCGUGCGUGUGCGAGUUUCUGCACGGGCCGCUCACCGACCCGGACGCCGUGGCCGCCUUCCGGGACGCCCUCGACAACAUGAUCGAGCGGCAGACGGAGCUACUCUACUACCGAAAAGACGGGUCCAAGUUCCUGUGCAGCCAGGUGGUGGCGCCCAUCAGGAACGAGGACGGCGACAUCUGCAUGUUCAUCGUCAACUUCGAGGAUGUCACCGACGCGCCUUACAAGGCCGACGAGGAGGCCACCGGGAGCCUAGGAGUGGCGGCAGCUGGAGGGGACCUGGCGCCACUGCCGCAGGCGCUGGUCAGGACCUGCGCCCGGGCAGCGGGUCGGAGCCGGUCCCUGCGACUGCGGAUGCCGGGCAGCCGGAGGACGUCGUUCGCGCUCUCCAAGUCCACGGCCACUGAAGGGGACGAUGCGGCGCCGGAGUCCAUGCGUGCCCUGGUCGUGUCCUCCACGGACACGGCCGAGCAGCAGCCAACCACCACCGUGGUGACGCGGCCGACCAGAGCGGUCGCCGUGUUGGCGCCCUACGAACAGCGCGCCAUGGACAAAGGGGCUCCGCUGCACCGCACCGCCAACAGCGUGGGCAGCCGGGCGCUUCCGAACGCGUCGUCCGAGUCGGACCUGGGCCGCUUUGCGACUCUUACGGGCCAGACGCGGGCCAAGUCCCCGUCCCUCAGUCAGGUGACGGUAGACCCCCGCAAGGACAACUCGCACUCGUCCACCGCCUCCAAGCUGGUCCUUAAGGAGGUCCAGUCGCACAGCUUCAAGCAGCACGUCGGAGAGAAGGUGGCCCAGCGCAAGCAGUCUCGAGUCCCGCUGGAACGGGGUCGGCCUACCCAGGGCACCUUGCAAAUCCUCAAGGGAUUCGUUCUGUCGCUGGGCGCGGACGUUCUCCCCGAGUAUAAGCUGCAGAAGCCGAGGACGCACAAGUGGACCAUCCUUCACUACUCGCCGUUCAAGGCGGUCUGGGACUGGGUCAUCCUGCUGCUUGUCAUCUACACGGCCAUCUUCACGCCUUACGUGGCCGCCUUCCUAUUGGACCAGCAGAGACCCGACUCGCGCCGCAACCGAAAGUACGGCGACGAUCCCAUCGUAGUCAUCGACCUCAUCGUGGACAUCUUCUUCAUGAUCGACAUCUUGAUCAACUUCCGGACCACCUACGUCAACUCGAACGACGAGGUGGUCUCGCAUCCUGGCAAAAUCGCCGUCCACUAUCUGCGAGGCUGGUUCAUCAUUGACGUCGUUGCAGCCAUCCCCUUCGACCUGCUCCUUUUCGGCUCCGAGACUGAUGAGACGACCACGCUGAUCGGUCUUCUCAAGACGGCGCGCCUUCUGCGACUGGUUCGCGUGGCGCGCAAGAUCGACCGGUACUCGGAGUACGGGGCCGCCGUGCUGCUCCUGCUCAUGGCCACGUUCGCGCUGAUCGCCCACUGGCUGGCCUGCAUCUGGUACGCCAUCGCCAAUGCCGAGCGGCCCUACCGACAGCCCAAGAUCGGUUGGCUCGACCACCUGGCCAACGCCACGCACCAGUUCUACAUCAACGAGACGCAGGGUGGUCCCAGCAUCAAGUCCAAGUACGUCACAGCACUCUACUUCACCUUCUCGAGCCUCACUUCGGUGGGGUUCGGCAAUGUGUCGCCCAACACCAACAUGGAGAAGAUCUUCUCCAUCCUUGUCAUGCUCAUCGGAUCACUCAUGUACGCCAGCAUCUUCGGCAACGUAUCGGCCAUCAUCCAGCGUCUGUACUCGGGCACGGCCCGGUACCACACGCAGCUGCUCAGGGUCAAGGAGUUCAUUCGCUUCCACCAGAUCCCGAACCCGCUGAGGCAGCGCCUCGAGGAGUACUUCCAGCACGCCUGGACGUACACAAACGGCAUCGACAUGAACAUGGUGCUCAAGGGAUUUCCGGAGUGCCUUCAGGCGGACAUCUGCCUCCACCUGAACCGGAACCUGCUCAACAACUGCCCGGCGUUCCGCGGGGCGAGCCCGGGCUGCCUGCGCGCCCUCUCCAUGCGCUUCAAGACCACGCAUGCGCCGCCGGGUGACACGCUAGUCCACCGCGGCGACGUCAUCACGGGCCUCUACUUCAUCUCACGCGGAACCAUCGAAAUACUCAAGGACGACAUCGUCAUGGCCAUCCUCGGCAAAGACGACAUCUUCGGUGAGAACGGCUGCCUGUACGGCACGGUGGGCAAGUCAUCGUGCAACGUGCGUGCGCUCACCUACUGCGACCUGCACAAGAUCCUGCGCGAGGACCUCCUGGACGUGCUGGACAUGUACCCAGAGUUCUUCGACCAGUUCUCCACCAACCUCGAGAUCACCUUCAACCUCCGCGACGAAGAACAGGAGGGCGUCGACCCGGAUCUCUUCCGGGGCAAGUCGCUGCACAACAGGCCGGCCAGUUCGCCGGAGGAAGGCGAGUCCCGGAGCCAAGCGUACCAGUACCCGCGGGCUCGGCGGAGACGGCGGCGGCGGGGACGCCGCGGCUCGUCGAGCUGCGACGACGGCUUCGGCGGCGGCGGCGUCGGCGUCGGGGGCUUCUCCGACGACGACGACGGCGACGACGACGGCGGCAUCGGACCGGCGGGCAGCGGGCGCCGCACCGAGUCCGGCCGGGGAAUUCUCGAGUUCUCGCCCGAGAAGGCCGGUCUCGACGUGACGCCCGCGAACUACGACUUCCAGGAGGCGCACGGCGCCGCCGGAAGCCGCAGCCCCAGCGUCGAGCCCCGACGCCGCAACGGCACGCUCAACUCCAUCGCCGGCGCCAUCACUAGUGUGGCGAACCUGACCACCGCUGUGUUCGGAACCGGGCCCGGAGCGACGCAUAGCUCCGGCGCCAGUCCCUGCGCUGACUCGGGAUCCCGGCUUGGCUCAGGUGCUCACGGUCAGCGGUCGCUGAGUCCAGGACGUGCGUGCGACGAGCGCCAGAGGUCGUCGGCCGCGGGACGCGGUGUGUCGCCCAGGAUGAGCCGGUCGAGUCGCAGCAGCCCCGGCUGGUCGCCCAAGGACGAGGCGUCGGGCGCGCCGCGGUCGGCAGCGUCGACCCGAGAGUCGUCGCUGCCGGCGGCGGCAGUGCCGCGGCCCUCGGCGCAGUCCAGCUCGAGUGUCACGCUGCCGGUGUCGUGCAGCCCAACAGGCGGCGCCUCUCCACCGCAGCCGCCAUUUCCGGCCGGGGACGAGGCCCGGCUGGGUGUGCUCGAGUCCAGGAUCGACCAGCUGGCCAGGCAAGUGGCGGCCAUGGAGAGCCGACUGGCCCUGGACAUGCAGACAAUUCUGAGGCUGUUGAGCCCCGACAACGCCGAGAGGCGCUCUUGCGAAGCACCAGGCAGCUCGGCAGCGCGGCCCGUCGACCUCCCGCUGAGGGCGGCCACAGCUCAGGGGGGCACCGCCCCGCUCUCGGUGCCCACGCAGUCGUCGGAAUCGAGCAGGGCGGGUGGAGGUUCAUGCACAUGGCCGGCUGGUUCGGACCCGUGGACAGAACCCUUUCGCAGUGCCUCACAUCCGGGUGACCUGGCUCAGCCGACGAAGCAGCACAGACCUCGGCUCACACGGACGCCGGCGGAAGAAGACGAGUCGCGCGAAGCCGCCACCAGCCCGGCGUCCUCUUCGACGACGACAACGACGACGUCGGCGGCGGCCACGAAGGAUAGGGUGACCAGUCGGACUUCGGACGUGUGACGGACGGAAGCUGGCCGCGCUCCGGCGGCUGCUCGCGCGCGGCCGCCGCCGUCGUGUUCCCCGGCGGCGGCUUUCGUUGAUUGGUGCUGUUCGUUUUUAAUCCCGCACGCUGGUUCCCCUUCUGGCUGCCUUCGCUUCUUCGUUCAGUGCCUGUCCGGUGAGUGACGUGCGACCGACUGUCGGCGGAUCAUCCCGGACGACCGAGGAGAGCCUCGGAUGGCGACGCCCCAGCCAUCGGAAAUGAUGCCAUUCUGUUCGGUCUUCGUGUUGGGAAUUGUUCACUGCCACAGCGCCUACAGGUUCACUCGCUAAAACAAAACAAACAAAAGAAAAGCUGGGCAGAUUGUUGCGGAAAUUAGGGAGAAAGGUGACCGUUUGACCGCAUGAUUGCACAACAAUGCUGAAGUUCCUGUAUUGAUCCUAGGUUCAACCCAUUUAUUCGGAGCGUUCCUUACUUCUAUGCCUUAGGGCAGCCCCGUCAAGCUGGAGAAAGAAAGCAGUGUCCGCUGUGUUCUAUCAUGACGUACAUUUCUAUCACACAACGUCCGCUCAGUAGAUCAGCAAACAGGCGAUGCAGGAAAGCGCCAGAUGUGACACUUAAGGGUCGUGAAAGGUUUGUUCUGGGAAUUAAAAAAAAAAGAAACAGUGCGGCCUAAGUUAUGCUCAGAUUCUGCACUGAUUUAUUGUGCAGUUUAUUGAUAGCUUCAACACCUCUUACUGUUUUCAAAAUUUCAAGCUGUUUUGCUGAGAAUGGCUGCAGAGGAAAAAAUAAUGCCGCGAUCUAGCGCCAGGGCACAUCUUGUUUUGAUUGCUCACUUUAGCACGGCUACUUUCAAAGCUUUUCAUGGAUACAAUCAGGACCCUGCCAAUAUUUAGGCAAUGCCUGUCACUUGCAUUGCUGAGAUCUUGGUGCUGCAGUGUUAAUGAUGUCCUUUCUUGCUGGUACCUCGUUUAGUGCGAGCGUUUGCUCAGGGAACACAACACUCAGAACUAAAGCUGACCUACGGGGGAAUAAAUCAAUAUAAAUCCUGUGAAAUGUUCAAUGUCAGCUGACCUUAACAGCUUCGUUUUUUCUCAUAGGCCUAUUUGCUAGUAAUCAUGCUCAGGAAUUUUAAGUAUCGCGCUAAAUUUUCCCGCCCUGCUAUCACACCGCACAUCCCGACCGUUACUAACGCUUCUAAAUCUCGAGAAUUCAAAUUCUCCCGUUUGCGCAAUCAAUCGCUCGAUUUACUGUUCGACCAACCGAUGAGAGGGAUAAGCGACGUCGUGAGAUGACAGGAUGCUAGAACCGGAAUUUAAACCGUAACUUCAUGUUCGCUUUGCCGCGAAACUCAUCCUGCGUUAGCGAAAGCUGCAUGGCCAUCGCUCGGAUGCCUGGUUUUUCAUGCGGUGAAGCUCAUAUUUACAUUUUCGUUAGAUGGUGUAAAUGCACUUCGAAAAAUGCAAUUCAAGAACAGCCAUAAUGCAUUUCAAAGACGCGCUGCCUUUACAAAAUUAGACAAGAAUCCGAAAAUUCAGUCCAAUUCAAUUCAACAUUCAAUCCAAUAUUCUUCAAAUCCGUGAGCCACGCAAACGUUUCUAUUUUGCAGAGCAUUUGACGAUUUUCGCAGGAUCCCACUGUCAAACCUUCACGAGCACUUGGACACAAUAACACGGUCACAAAAAUAGCCCUCGUAGAUUUGUAAUGUGUGGCUACUUGCAUAAUAUCUAAUUCCCCUUCCUCACUUUGUUUUCGUGCUGUGUAGCUAGAUAUGCAAUAUGAAGGCGUUUCGCCGCCUAUUUCUAGCUCGCGACUGUUCAUAUUAAGGAUUUACCCCCUUACAGGUUUUAAAGUUGAGCUGUGAGCUAUUGAUCUUAAGUUGUUUAUUUUGCAUUGAGGCAAGAGGAAACAUUCGUGUUACUCAGGUAUCUCUUCCUGAGCACGCUGCUGCCGUGGCCAAUCCCCAACACGAAGUCACGCCAGUGAUGCUGUUUGGUGGUAGCCUUUCGACGCUCUUUCAUGCUUGGCCUUCAGUUCAUCGAAACGAGAGAGAGAAAGAGAGAGUGAUAGAGACAGACAGAGACUGCCGCCUCUUCCAAGACUACUCGGGAGGACAACAGCGCCCAUACUCGUCACCUGACAUUCCUGGAAACCGACGGCGCAGCAGCUGCUGCUGCUGUACUGCGUCUUGUUGUUUGCGCUUCUGUGAUUCCUUCGUGUACAGAGAGUAAGAGACGGUGAGACAGUUGUGCGCAUUACGAAAAGCUGCCGGAGCAGAGUGGACACGCCUGCUUCGGUGAACCCCCGCUCCCCCCUACACCCUUGAAACUGAUCUCGUGGAUUUAAUAAGACGUUCUUAUAUUUUGAAUUCGGCGCGUCUGCGCUCCCAUCGAACUGGACCCAAAGAGGAGCGCUCGAGUGUGCGAGUUCCGUGGCUGGAGAAAGGGCACCCGCCGCCGGCUGCCACCAAGAAGUUGUGUACGCGCACUCGAAGGACACAUGACGGCUACUCACCCGCCCCGUGCGGUUUGUUGUUGUUUUCAUUUUACUUUCUUUUCUGUUUUAGCGUUUUCAUCUCUUCGGCGGCAUGAUGUUCUAACACUCGGCAUAUCGUUUUGCCACCUCUCUAGGAUCAUCACAAUUGAAUUCAAGGUUCGUGCUUUUUCUGAUUCCCCCCUGCCCACCCACUUCCGUUAGUACGUAAUUGUCGCGCGGUCAUCCCCUACACCGUCAGCGAACUGUGGUUACAAACUCUUCGCCGCCACGGAGGACGAAGUGCUCGCCCAAACGCGAGAAAGUAGUUUGUCAGAUUUCGGCUUUAUCGACAUAGCUGUGGCCGUGUCCCUGCGCAGCGAAAGCAAGCGAGCGGUUUAUUCUUUGAUUGAACGUUUGCAGUCUUUGUCAAGCAGGCACGCGUCGCAAGGUGGACGGCUUAAAGGAGCCGCUGCAGUGUGCUGCGGAGCCCCUGCGUCACGUCUGCUGCUCCGGGGCUGCAGAUAGUGAGCGAGGCUACUGCGUGUUGAUCGAGACAUCUCGAACGACAGGAUAUGCGCGGGUUCCGCAUUAUACGCUUCGGUGACUCUUCGACGAGGCCUACACGGAGCUGGAGCUAACGUUUCGCCGAAGGAAAUUGCAUUCGUCAGCGCAUCUUACCGAAGUGCAACCUUCGUUCACCCGUGACCGUCACAGGACACCAUACGCCGUUGUCAUUUGUAAGCAUCCACCUUGCCCGUGUACUUUUGACCAUUACUGCAUUCUGCCGAGCCAAGAAACGUAGAGAGGAGAUACCAAACACAGAAGUGCGCGACGUGGUUUAGAGUUCAAGCACUAGCGUACCAAGGUUGCGCGUCAAUUGCACGUCACGUUAAAUUCCAGGCGAACCGUGACGCCUCUCCCGUUUUGAGAGCAGUGGGUAGUGAAGUACAACGUACCGACCCAAUUUUCAGCUCGUCCAUCCCUCCCGGGCUGGAUAGGUGAAGCACGAGCGCAGGUACUCGAAGUGCGAGUUCGCGUGUUACAUAGCGAGUGUCCCGCUCCAGUUAUACACGGACGUCAGGUUCCGCACCAUUCCAAUCGCGUCUUUAGCAAGUUCUGGCACAUUCACUGCGAUCCUAUACGGAGCACGUGUACUCGAGCGCACACGCGGGCGCUAUUCGUAGGAUGUCAAAAACAAGAGCGAGCUUACUCGUCCUCGCUCGUGAUAGUAGAAAUUGCUCCUUAUACGGGCCGUACUUAUUUAUUCCUGCCAAUUAACAAGAGCUCGGGAGUUGUGCAAUCUCGCCGAAGAUCUACGUUUCCCGGAGGGCUAGCAAUUAUUGUUUACGAAUCGGGUCGUGUAGCUCGCAUAUACGCGCGUAACGUUCAAAGCAUCCUAUUCACACUCGACAGUCGUGUCGGUUUCAGAGGUUUCUCAAGUAUUUCAGCACUCAGAUCGAUUCGCUAACGAUGCUUCGGAAGCUCGACUCGUUACAAGAUAUAGCCUUAGUACAGAGCGAACGCAAGCUCACAAGAAUUCGGAUGACCGAAUUACUUCCCAGAGAAUUAGACACUCUUCCGGCUUUUCAUGCAUGCGUGGUCGGUCAGGCGUUGCAAGUUAUGCAACUGCUUGGAGUACGCUUUGGCGAAACGUGGUCGGCCGUAAUGCUACCAAUGCUGGCGAGACAAAAGCCAAGCGAAAAAGCAAUACCACGGUCACGUUGGCGUUCACGCAAAUAGCAGGGAAGGAAGCUUGCCGGUAGUAUUGUAGAACGGAAGACAGAACAAAAAAAAAAGUAUAAUCGUCGCUCGUGUUUAAGCUCACUUACUUAUGAGGAAGCAUCGGUAGAGCUCUCGCGACUUCAACCAUUACCAUUUGUGCACAUCCUGCUUAAGCGUAGGCUGUAGAAUUAGUGAGUGAGAAACUUCUAUCAUUCAAAGCAAAGCGUCUGGACCACAUCUCUUUGCUUAAGCACAAAUUUGUGAGAUUGCAGUGGGCACGAUCAGCACAUAUACACAGGAAUCUCAGGAACACUACACUCGGCGACUCGUUGCAAGGCUGCCUGUAAUACUCGUAAAUGAAUUCGCUCACACUUCGUCAAAUUCAAGCUUCUGACGAUGGCCAUCGCCCCGAUUUUAACAUACUACGCCGACGUUGGGCCAGCUCGCGCGAAGAGUGUCAGCAUAAAGUGUGCGCUUUGAAACACUCGAAACAUUUUGGGGCGAGGCUGCGUCUAUACGGCGGUACUCGGCAUCAUCAAAGAAAUACAGUUACGCUACGCUCGGCGUUUUGGCGUUUUUCUUUGGUUCUUCGGUUGCGACGCAGCCGUUGAUUCCUGCGCGUCCGAUUGAGGCGCCGGUGAUAUUUCGCACCGACGUAUACUACACGCUUCGGAGUGCCUUGCCGCAGGCUAAAAGCUGUCGCACCACCCUGCCCCCAUCACUUUUACACGUAAGCACUUGAAACUUAUGCUCUGUUAAACACUUGCUUUUUGGAGGACUUGUUCAACAUAUCUUUUUGUAUUGUUCCAUUACGUUCCGCCCUUCGCACUCGCCGCAGUGAACUCUGCUCAUCGAGUAAAACCAUUUCUAUAUGUCAGUGGAGAGAAUGUUCUCGAUCACCAUGAUAUCUCUAUUUCAGAGGUACCACUGAAGGAAAAAAAAAAUGCCACGGAGCGGAUGUGUUUCGCUUUUUGAUGCAAAGCAUUUUUUUUUUAGUUGCGAGCUUAGCGCGCUUUUCAGCCACGCCUACGUGCUCGGCAAUGGUGCAUGACGUUUUCCAUGUCGGCAAAUAAUUCACGCUGACUAGUUCGCCCACAGCACUCUGAACCGAACGACCAAGGCAACGUCACGUACUCACCCGUCUUCAUUGCAAGCCACCAAACCCAUAAUUCCCGCCCAGUAAUUCGUCCAACCAGCGACUACCGAUCGCUGUUUCAUUUAGCCGCAUCGACCGAGGCAGGUCAACGUCAUAUGCAUAAAUCACUGACUGUCCCGUCAGCAGGGCCAAUGGUACGUUAAUGUUGCGACGUUGCGAGUUGUCUAGCUCUGCACUUCCUGGCCUUCUAGGAGUUUUAAUAAGUGUCCUGGCAGAGAAAGCCUUCGUAGAGCCAAGUUGCUUUUAUGACUAGGUUAGUACUUGCAAUAUUGUGAGAGUUUUCGUUGUAACGCGCUCCUGGUAGAAUUGGGCGUUAAGGCUUGCGUAAGCGUAAACGUACCCUGACAUUUACGUGUUGUUUAUGCGUGGCAAGCGUAGAGUACAAGAGAUAGCGCCAUAUCACGUCAAGGUGUAGAAGAACACCGAAAAGUUUUCUUGGAGAAUGUACGCAUCUGUCAAAUUCAUGAGAGAAUGCAAACGUUCUUGGAAUGAGCAUUGCGUCACCAUAGCUUCCCCGUAGUGCGCUGCCUGAAGACAUUUGCCGAAGAGCGGGUCCUAUUUGAAUCUCUUGUUACUGUGAACCAGUUCACGUUGCUAAAAAUCAGCAUUUUAGUCGCGUCGUGUUCGCGCGGGAAUGUCACACAAAUAGCAUAACAUUCACACCACCGGGUUUGCGUUACCAGAGAAGCGGGAAACCUUGUCGAAGAAAUGGUAACAAAGUUAGGCAAGUGCGCACAAUUCUUUUCUAAUGAUGUUAGUAGACCUUAGGCAAGUUGACGCUGACGAAUUUGAAAGGAGCGGCUCUGUUACGACAACGCUUAAUUUGAACAUGUGGUUAGAUUAUUGUCGGAAGUUUAUUGGGCUGCCUUGCGGUCAUGCACACUCGCUUGAGCUUUUCGAUUCGUGCGUUACAAGAGCUUUGAUUUCGUGUGUCGCCCAGCCCUUGUGCAUUAAUUAACAAUGCGGUCGAUUUCGUUUAAAGUAGGUGCGGAGUCAUUGGUCAAGCUUUUCUUCAUGUGCCUAAUUUGGGGCUUAAUGAGAGCUUAAGAACGUAGUUCGCCUGAAUUUCGCUCGCACAAUCGCAAACCUCGCAACGGUCUAGUUAUCGCCCACAGCGUUAUGCAACGUUUUGAUGACAAAGGUUUCGGCAGUAAUGGAGGAAUUUUGACGUAAUUCUUCUAAGAAAGCAAUCGAACGAAACGUCGAUUCUGUUCUGACGCCUUGAGUUAGAAACUCAGUGACACCAACUUUGGCUGUGUGUCAGAAUUUCACAAAACGGAAGUAGCUUUGAGUAUCUGAGUGAACGACCAUGGAGACUCAAACAAGGUUGUAGUUUGUAUCAUCUCAGAAUGUGCAGAACGCUUCCUCUUUUUAUAACAGGCUGUGUGUGUCGAGCGUGAAAUGUACGGUACGUUAGUGACGAGCAAGUAAUAUAUUUCCGAACUUGAUUGUGAGCUUUUACCCGGGGCCGGCCUAUGAUCUGGUAUUUUUGCGUGAUUCUCGUGUGUAACCGAUGAGUGACACUUGACUUGUAGGGACAUCUUUUGUGUUAAUUUUCAUCUCAUAGAAGUCAUUUUAUACAUCUAAAGCAAGUACAGAGGCAACAAAUGCUUUGGACAUGUGUGAUUAGGAACUGUGCUCUGUUUAACGUCUUUACACCCAGAAGGGACACAGUGAAUAACGUGACUAUUUAGUGACUGUUUUUCAAGUUCCUUUUAUUAGCCAGAUAUCUCGAUCAGGUAUGGCGCAUGCAACAGGCGUUGCUCAGAGACGAACGGCCGUAACGUGACGAAGUGGUGAUGGGCUAAUGAAAGUAGAGAAAGAGCAUAUCGUGUCACUUCAGCAGGGUCUUAACGCGCACGUUAGAGUAGGGCAUGGCAGGAAGAGAAGACUGCGCGGUUUGCUCGUAAAAGAAAACAAAAACGUGCUGCAAAAAGCAGCGUGACCGCCGCACGCUAACAGCAAGAAACAUGUGUUAUGUAUGUCCUUCCUUGAAAUCAAGGAAGACCAUACCGAAAUGUAAUUCAAAAGCACAAAAGAACGGCAAACUGGUCACGUGACUCGAGCUUUUCUGUGUGAGCCAGCAGAAUGUUGAUACCGCGUUUUCUUUUUUAUCGUAACACCCAAUCUCCAGAAGUAUGCCGGUUUGUUCCGAAAGGCAGUGCGGUUUCUCGCGCUGGAGGACAUAUCAGGUGAACACAGCAAAAACAUUAUGGGAGGUUAAGCCAGUGGCUUCGUUCGCGCUAUCACCUAUUUAUUGCAUUGCACAAUGGCCUGGAAUUUGCAGUCUCGCAUUCCUAGUGACUCAAUGGUUUCUGAAGCAAGAAAUUUGAUGCUGCCAUGGCUGAAAAUUGAGCAAUGUUACGAAACGAAAGCACUAAGCAAUAUAUUGGAUUUAAAUUUUGAAGGUUGACUACAAGAGGCUGUAGGCUACUCUGAGCCAUGCUGUGGCUACAGCGUGAGACCAACAUAAGACCAACCUUCGCAAGUGUUGCGUACAGUACGGGUGUCUCCUUGGCACUUUUGAGCGAGAUUAGUACUUUGUGAUAUCACUAUAGUCAGUAGUCAAUCCCACUUCUUUCUUGUCCCGGGAUGCCAGAGGACGGUACUGUCAGAAAAGCUUCAAGCAGAAAAUACUUAUCGCUGACCUAAUGGUCAAGAUGGGUGCGCGAUACCCGCAGACGCGUCACGUGGCUCACAGGAGCGGACUUUAGAAAGUUGUGCUCUAAGUUAUGACUUUGAGGCGUGUUCAAAUCGCUUGGGUUUAAUUUUACUGCUCCAACUAACCACUGGUUGCAGAUACCAAAGCAAUUUGGUGACUGCACAGGAACUGGUUUUCCAUUUUGCUUUACUUAACAUUUUGAGAUUGCUGUAAGUUUCUGCUUAGCGUCAGGUAAUGCACUAUGGACUUCAUUAGGAACAUAGAGGCAGAGGUACUGCGGCCAGGCUAACCAUCCUUGCAACUUUUACUUCCACUGUGUGUACCCAAAGUGUGCGCACUACAAUGGCAAUAAUCAAAGAAAAUCUCGUAGCGGUAUGUUCUGCCUAAAGCACAUGAUGGCCCACCUUCUGCUGUAAAACAAAGGAAUGGUCUGUGACCAGUUUUAUUAGCACCACAGUGCUUUCAAUUGCGUGCGGUCUGUUUUAAAAACAUUUUUUUGACGACAAUGGUUGUCAUUUCAAGCAAUUCCUGGUUCUGUUUCAGCGCGAAAUGUUUGUGAACGUACUGCAGAGACGUAUCGCCAGAAACACGGAUUAUCGAAUGUUAUUACAAACGUGUAACGAACAUGGCAGCGAUCAUCUUUCCGGAGAGGGUAAUGAAGUCUCUUGACGAGGAUAGAGGAACACCCGAGUCGUAGUGAAAGAAAGUGGGGCGGGCUUUAGCGAGUCAGAUCGGAAAGAGAAGAACGAAACUGCUCGAAAGGCGGAGGUUGUACAGCCGGACGACGUUGUACCGCCUGCUAUGACUGCGCGAGAUCGCCUCCGUAUGGUGAUAGUCUCAUGCGACUUCCACAGGUGUGAUGUCGACGGCCUGUGGUAAGCUCUAGUCUUAAACCUUGCGUCCUUGUAGAACUCCUUUUCAUCCAAUGUUAUUAGCUCUCAUGGGUGCUCGCAAUACCUUUUAUGUGAUAUCUCCGUCGCCGGUCGCAUUCAUUGCCGCUGGCGUUCAUCCGCCUUUGCACGUGGCGCAGAUUUCUGACCGGCGUGAUGUCGACAGCUUGCUUUCCCAGCAUGCCCUAUAAAUAGCGAGUCGGCGGCGUCGAUGGCGCGAUGUGGGUUGAACAGCAGUCACCCCGUUCUUUUUUUUUUGUUUAGGCUAACGGCUUCGCGCACUCUAUUUUUCACCACGAGGUGGCGCGGCGCACAGGCGCUUCGCGCUUCGGCGCACAAGACCCCCCAGUCGUGCACAUACAUUGCACACGCAGACACACACACACGAACACAAACACGCAGCAUUCAUGAACCUGUGAACAAAGCUCAUCGCGUUAGUGUUUCUCUUUUGGUGCCGACUACAGGAUUGCACACUGGCCUCCGAAUCUUCGUUAUAGUGACGCCGCACUGUGCUAGAAAAGUUUGGCUUUUUCGACUUGUACAUAACAGACAAAAAAAAAAUACUUGGCUUCUUUCGACGGCAAAGCUGCUUAUGUUGAUGCUCACUUCUUUGUACAUAUUAUACAUAUUAUAAAUAUGUAUUACAGACAUUAUUUCUACUUCGCAGUAAAUUUACUCAUCACCACUCGUGUGUUUCUUGUUUCUGUCCUGCUUUUGAGACGUUUUCUCGGUACUGUUUCACUUCUUUUGUGAUCGUCUUUGGAAGUAGGAGUCUGUGUUCGCGUUAUGUGUGAGCCUGUGCCGCUUUAUGAAAACGUAUGCCAAUGGUUUUUCACUCAUUUCUUGUACAGCAAACGAGUGCUGUGCACUUGACCAUAUGGAACUACUCAGGAUUUAUUUUCUACCGCCGCUUGAUUUGCAGGAUGAAAAGAUAAUUAGUCAUGCGGCGUAUCAAGGCAACUGCCUCAUUUUAUUGCCCCAUUCACUCGGGAAGUAUGCCCGUUGUUCACAAAAGAAACAUUUACGAUGCCAGUCUCCUUGCGAUUGGCACAAUUUUCGUAACGCAGCUUAAAUGAGUCAAAGAUGCUCCGGAGAGCAGUGACCAGUCAACAUUCCCCCAACAAACGUUCGGGUCUCUUCGAUUUGGCCCGCUGCAAAUGCUGUGGCGUCAAGAGACAGGUCUGUCGAAAAGUUUGAUGAUGAAUCGUUGUCAGACACGGUCGUAUAUUAGGUUCUCAGACAUUUUCGUCAUUCAGUUAAGACCGCGUGCACAGGUGAUCAUCUUCGUAAAGGUAGUCACAAGUCUAGUGAUCUACUGCAAUGAAUAGCAGGAAGCGGAGCCAAGUGAAAGAGACCCGAAAACGUCUGCGAGAGCCGCCAUCGUAUCUUAGCGCUGUUUGUUCGUUUCAUACUUGCACAACGAGCGCGCUGGAAUAGCUAGCGCCCGCACUGUGCCGCAGCAAUGCGAUCGGGAAUCUGAAGUAAGGUAUCAGGCACAAUUUGCAUAAUUACAUCGCCAUUUUCUGAAAUUAACACUAGCGCCAAGAGGAGCGCAGUUAGGCUGAGGAUAAAAAGAAACAAGUACAGCAGCGAAUAGCAUGAGGAUAGGAUAGGAAUGUAGGGUGCUGUUUCCGGCCUUCUGCUCCGACCGCAUUAGGUUUUCCCAUUGGUACUGAUCCGAACCUGUACCAGUUAUGCGAACAUCACCGCGUGCUGCGCUGCUCUGUCUGAUGAAUGAGAUGGUGACGCGUCUGAGUGCUAGGGUGUUUAAUGCCCCUUUGAUCUCCACGAUGAUUUACUUCAAAAGUAUCACCAAUCUCGUGACAAAAUGCAAAUAUAUUGCUCGCACUUCACCGAGGAAAGCCGAUAAUGGCUGUGGCAUCCGAGAUCUAGAGUGCGGCGGUACCCUAUGCUGCACUAAGUAUCCUUAAUAUGAAACUGGAGGCUGCGAUAACUUCCUUUAGAGAUUUAACAAUAGCCGUCCAGAUGAAUACAUAUAUAUAGACCUCCCAGGGAUAACUACAAGAAUUUUCUGACGUUCGUUCAUCAGCGUCGUCCCUUAUAGGGUUCUGAGGGAGCCACUGUUUGUUCGUCUGUGUAGGUUAUAGACUUCUAUAUUUUUUAGUGCGUUGUGAAUUUGAAAGGUUUGCCCUAUAUAGUUAAAAAAAAUAUGCCGCUCGUUGUGCAUUUGUUUUUACUAGGGAAUAUCAUAAUUCCUUACAUUGCGCUCGACAGUCUAGUUUUCCACCAGAAAGUGGUAUGCAGACUGUAUAUUCUGUGAAAUUGAAAUGAAUACUUUAUUUUCAGGUUACACAAAGUUGUCGUACGGCAGCGUUAUUUCUAUUCGCUUCCUCCUUUCUGGUGGCAUUUCCACAUUAUUGCUCGACUUGAAGAAGAUAGCCGGUUUCUCUGCUGUUUCACACACGAGAGAGUGCAAUGAGAGCCUGUUGCGGCUACGUUUUCAAUGUUAUUUAUCUCUAAAAAGUGCUAUGAAGAAAAAAAAAGCAUGAACGAGAAGAAGGGUGGUUCUCACCCGCUUUGUUGCCUUCCGCCGACAGCGUUCAAUAAAUGAACUAUGCAAGGCG